CAUUUGUUGACUCUCUGUGAAUGACUGAACCCCACACUUCCUGUCUUCACUACUGUCUGAAUUAUUAACGGUUUAUGGUCAUGCGUUUUGUUCAUGGGCUCUGGAUUUUAAAAAGAGAGUACCUAUUCAUCUAUUGGAGCUCUAGGCUUUUCACUGUGACCCGUGACUCAAAUGCCAUCCUGGUAGGAAAAGUCUCAACAACAAGUCACACACAUAGUCAGACUGCAGCUCUGACCUGCUCAGUGGUGUAAGAGAACAGAGAUGCUCACUACGGCUGCAGACCCUGGAGUUAGCUUUUCAUUUUCACAUAGUCCUAAGAGGAACUACUAUUGCCUGGAUUUUGCAAAUGGGACAAGUAUCUCGGUCUUCUAAUCAUGUGUAACUGGUUACCCAGAUUGAGUGGUUUGUGUUGAAAACCCCUCCUCUCUCACAUUUUGCUGUUUUCAGAAGGUCUGCGCACACUUUACCAGAUAGCCUGCUCAAACAACAUGGAGUCCUGGAGGGGCUGGUCUGGUGACUGGUGGCUCUGGAGGACAAUGUACUUGCAAUCUGCUACUAAGGCCAAAUUAUCCAUCUCUUUAGGUCCAGGGGUUCUCAACUUUCCUAAUCCUGCUACUCCUCAUGUUGUGGAGAACCCCAACUGUAAAAUUAUUUCCAUUGCUACUUCAUAACUGUGAUUUGCUACCGUUAUGAAUUGUAAUAUAAAUAUCUGUGAUUUUCAAUGGUCUUAGUUGUCCCCUGUGAGAGGCUCAUUUGACCCUCAAAGGGUCUCAACCUACGAACAUGUUUCUUCUUCUCCUGCCUCUGUGCCCCCAAAUUCCCUUUCCUCCCUGCCUAUACUCUUAGCUUUUCCCUAACCUGUUUAAGAGAGUCUCUAGCACACGUAUCUACUCUUACACACUCUGUGUUAAGAAUUCUCUGAUAUGCUGGAAUGCACAUUUCAAAAGCGAAACUUCUGCUUUUUGCUUUUUUUUUUUUUGAACAGUGCUGGGUUUUUGGGGGGCCUGGGGGGACAGAGCAUAGAGAUAUCAACAGUCACAGCAACCCUACCUGGACUCGCCAGAGGUUGCUCAGUGGUAUGUGGGUUCCGCUUUCUGUGGAGUACUUCUCAUAAUUUAAAAAUGCUUGAAGCUGCGGAAGAAAGCCCCGCCCUCUGCAUCAUUCAAAAGAAAACUCAGACACAGAGGCGGGCUCUUGGUCCUUGCAUGGAAACGCUCAUUAGCCUUUCAAAGUUAGAGGCAUAACUUUCUUUUUACUCCUUGGUACUUUUACUCUUGUGAUCUAGCCCACCAUUUAAGCCUGCAAGACUUAGUCACACACGCUAACAGCCAGCUCAGAGUAGAUAAUGAUUUUAGAUCAAAACUCUGUGCAGACCAAAAAAGCAUGGACUGAAAUGGGAGUUAUCAGGACCAAGCCAACUUCAGAUGCCUGAAUGAAAUAGCAAAAAUGGAUUCUCCUCUCUUCUGUGGGCUGCCUACGUGUUACAGUAUCAGUGUGCAUUUCCCACUGUGGACUUCCAGCUUGUUACAGAAUCAGUGUGCACUGGACACUCAAAUACAUGUGAGAUCUCUGCCUCUUAUUUUCAGCUACCCCCAAGUCUCCUAACCGAAGCACCUCCUCCCUGAUGAGGGUGAUCACUGGCUAUAAGCCUGGAGCUCCUAUACCCAGGGUCUGGGAAGCUGCUCUUUCCGGAAGGGUGGUAGAGACCCUGGGAACCAGACCAGCCGGGCUCACAAGUAUGAAGAGAAUGUCGGGAGAGGAAGUGGUGGCUCUGAGUCAGCAUGAGUCAUCUGGUUCCAGUGACAAUGAAGACUGAGAAUAACUGGGAGCUGAAACAGGAAGCCCCAUGACACAGUUGAUCGAAAAUGACACAGACACAGAAAAAUCAGGACGUGCCCCCAGCAGCACCCCUACCUGCUGCCUGCUGAUCGAAGCUGGGAGGCCCGUGAAGGGUUUCCACCAGGAAUGAACUCUACUCCAUACUCACGGGUGAUGGGCCUGCAAUCCUUGCUUUGGUGAUGUUCUUUUACAGCUGGUUUGUUUGUUUGUUUAAUUAAUUAGUUAGUCUACUAUUACUUUAUUUAUUGGCCCUCUUCCAUGUCGUGAUCUUUUCUUCAUUAAAAGCAAAACUAAAGAAAAUGAAAUUGUCUGUUACUUAGCAUUCAAAGACAUCAAUUUAAAGAGCUCUAAGCUUGAACUUCAGAGAACUUUCUCCAGAUUGUCAAGAUUAUCGUGAUUGCACGCAUGGCAUCUUUAAAAGUGUGUUGAGCUGGACUCUCAUCUCUCAGCCAUGUUGGUCCUAUGUUUUAUACCUUUCUAGAAGAUCUUUCGAGAUAAUCUCUCAAGAGUAGCUGUCGGCAGGUUGACGGUUUGAGAACAUUGGGAUCUGUGUGGAUGUGUCUUUCCAUCACAGCUGGUAACUUACCAGAGAUCACUUUCAACUUUGAGCUUCAGUUGGAAACCCCAACUUUCUCCCUUUUCCCCCCUCUCUACUUCCACACAAAUCACUGAUUUGUAGAUUCAAUCUAUAAUAGGUUCUUUGGGGUCUAUGUACACCAUGUUCUGUUGCCAAGACACCCCCUGCAUGUUUGGCCUACUUAUGAGUAGGCUUGACUCAAGAAGUGAAGAACAGGGAGUUACGUGUAUAUCAAGGACAUGUCAUUCAGAUGUCCUGAUUUCUCAAAUCCAUUCCUCAAUUCUGAGAUCCUGUGACUGGCACUUGAAUAUCCUCUGAAAUGGUUAAAUGGCCAGUCAUUCUUUCUGCAGAGUUCUCGUCACAUCCCCCAACUGUGAGCUGAACAAAUUUACCAUCCUGGGAAUAUAGCCAAAGAGCCUGUUUGUAGUCCCCUUCCCAGAGUCUAUUGGUUUUCACUUCUGAGCUUAGCAGAAUCCAAGAAUAACUCAGUGGCCGUGUUCACUACUUUAUAUUUCUCAGCAUCAGUUUGCUAAUUGGUCAUGGGGGUCGUCACAGAGGCUCUGGGUGAAUGACCCAUGGACACUGUCCAGCCCUCUCUCAAAUGUGCAGACUCUGGGAAGCCCUCCUGAACACCGAGUCCUGAGACACCCUCAUCCCUGCCAUUUUGUCUCUCUCAUGUUCUGCAUUGGGAUUAACUAGCAUUAGAAGUGACGGUCAUUGUUUAUUUAUUGUCUGUGGGUCUCAUCCCGCCCCCUCAACAGUUUCCUCUUUAUGGAGGCAAACGUGCUGUCUCAUCGCCAAGUCUGUCCACAGCAUCUGGCACUCUACAGCAGACAUGUUGCCUAGGUCUGUCAUCUCCUAGCUUCUCAGUAACAGGCAUGCAUGUACUGUAACGGUACAGUGAGGAUAAGCCUCCCUCUCUGCAGCUCGAUGCUGGAGCAGGAGGGUGAGGAUCAGUAAGAGGGGUGGAUCACAAGCCCUCCCCUGCCUCAGAGCCUCAUGCUCAUCAGAACCAACUUUCUUUUUUUUUUUUUUUUUGGGGGGGUUCUUUUUUUCGGAGCUGGGGACCGAACCCAGGGCCUUGCGCUUCCUAGGUAAGCGCUCUACCACUGAGCUAAAUCCCCAGCCCCAGAACCAACUUUCUCCUUGACAAGCUUGUCAAGUCCAAGUUUGUUUGACUCUUCCUGGAAGAUCAAAACCACUGAGUCGUGGAAGAAACGAGUCUCCAGCAAGACCUUUCCUCAGAAGAAUGCCCUGGGGCUGAUUUUCCUUCGCUAGUUCCAUCUGUCUGGUCUCUAGCAAAGAGGAAGCAAUGUGGAGGGGGCCACACAGGGAGCAGAGAUGAAGUCCCAAAGGGUGACAAAGAGCUUAGACACAAACAGGUUUGUGUGUGUGCCCUGCAGAGGCUUCCAGUCCUCUCUAGGUAUACCCUAUCCUGGCAUAAGCAGCCACCAGCAGCAGCAAGCAUGUGUCUUCCAGAUAGCCUUCCCUGUCCUUUGUUCUCAAACAGAACACAGCCUCCAGCUCAUUGCCUCUCAUCUACUCUGUAGGGUGUUUAUGGUAACAGCAGCAACAACAACAAAGACAGUACCAGUCUUCAGGAAGGCCAGAAACAACCCACACAGCAUUCACUGAAUAAGUCCCUCAUAAGGAUGAUUUUUAAAAAGUGAAAGAGAAUUGGCCAUAGAAUUUCAGAUGCCAUUGAGGCAAAAUUCUGACCCUGACCAGGGAGUGUAAUUAUUCACAAAUUAUAUAUAAAAACAACAACAACCCCCCCAAAAAAAAAAAGACUUGAAACAUCCAGGACUCACUCAGACCUAAAACAUCAGAUUUUGGAAGUAGAAAACAUGAGAAAGAAACUCUGGUAUUUUGAUUUUUUUAAAUUGUUUUGUGAAUGUAAGUUGUUUGCCUUCAUGCAUGUCUGUAUACUGUGUGUGUGCCUGGUGUCCAACGAGAUCAGAGAGGAUGUGAAACCAGAGUUACAGACAGUUGUGACCCACCAUGUGUGUGCUGGGAAUUGAACCUGGGUCUUCUGGAAGAACAACAAGUGCUCUGGCCACUGAGCCAACGCUCUGCCCUCCACACACAUUUUUAACAUUUAGCCAGGGCUCAGCAGCACUGGUCCAGGACUACUUUCUCUGUUACGGUUUCCUUCAGUCAAUGUGGCUAUUGGACAUUUAAUACAACUGAGGAUUUUUUAUUCCUUUUGAUUUUUAAUUCUUUUAACCUAGGUGUCUCCUGUGGCUGCAGUUUUUAUAUUAAACAAUGCAGAAGAAAAAAUACACACAAACACAUAUACACACACAUUAUAUAUAUAAAUACAUAUACAUACACACACAUAUACACACACAUUUUAUAUAUAAAUACAUAUACAUACACACAUAUACACACAUUUUAUAUAUAUAAGUACACAUAUACACAUACUAUUUAUACAUAUACAUAUACACACAUACACAUUACACACACACACACACACACACACACACACACACACACACACACACACACACGCACCAUGAGAAGGCAAUUUCAUGAGAUGAACAGGAGCUAACCUGGUACAUAGGAGUAGUGAGUUCUCUUAACUACAAGGGAAACUCUGCCAGUCACACAAGGCGUUUGAGCUAGCUCUCUCUGACUGUUAACUUUGCAAAGGACUGCCCUCCUGCCUACCAAGAAUUGUGACAAUUCUUGCAUCUGUGUCUUUGGAGACCUAGCCGUAGAGAGGGAGCCUUCUGAACCCCCAUGUGCCACUACGAGGACUUACAGCUUUUGAAAUAGACUUAGGUGGGGUAGGAAGACCAUCUUCACUAAUCGGAUCUGACGCCUUCUUCUGGCCUCUGCAGGCACCGUACUUGACUUACCCACAUACAUUCAUGCAGCAAAACACACUUAUACACAGCGAUUUUAAUUUAUUUAAUUUUAAAAAAUGGACUCAGGAAGGGGGCUGAGCCAGCUCUACCAGUGUGGGGUGAGAGGUGAAGAGACAGAAGCCGAAGCUGAAUCAUUUUCUUCUUAUCACUGAGACUGUCAGAUUUCUUUCUUUCUCUCUUUUUUAAGUUGGAGGGAAAGCACCUCAGACAGAGAAUAAUACUAUUUUGAAUUUCAGAGCUUUCCCUUUCUGAGCACUUUAUCAUCUUGGGUUUAUUUUGCUCUCACACCGAGGCCCUUGGAUCGGCAGGGGAGGGAUUGAGAACUGCUGCUCCCUGCUCAGACGGAUGUCCCUGAAGAGUUUUAAGGAAAGGAUUAAAAAGUGAAGGUUCAGGUUUUCACAUCCUUGGCCACACUCAAAUGCUCAGCGUCAUAACUGAGAGAAGAUGUGCAGAAGUUUGUUUGUUUUUUUUUUUUUAAAGCCCCUUCAGUAGGUUGUGUAACCAGCCUACUUGGCUGUGCUGUGGUUCACCUUGGUCUUCUCACCCUUAGCUCUUGAACCUUGGGAUGUUUCUUCCUUGAGUGAUCUGCAAAUUUAAUAAAUGUGACUUCUGUGUCUCCUUGCGAGCUAUUUUUUAAAGAGAUAGGUGGGUUAAAACACAGGCAAGAGUGAUACUGUCCUCAGUGAAGAGCGUGCCUCUUGAAGACAUCCUGGGGUCCAACCUCAGGCUAAUAAUGCUCUCUCCAUUCAACCUCCUACUGGAUAGAAGAUCAGUCAUUCCAGAUCACACUUGACCAUGGAAGGGAACACUGACUAAUCUGAGGUAUUCUAAGUGGCCUGGCCAACAGGUCAGUAGGAGGGCCCGGAGGCCGUGAGUUUUCUGGGUGAUUGUGAGUCCUAGACUCACUGUCAUUGAACCCACCUUGAACUAUACAUAGAUAGGCUAGGAGGAGAGGUUUUCAAAUGCUUUACUGAAAGUAAGACAUGCUGUCUGGGGCAUUCCCCGAAUCGCCUGUGCUGGUGAAGCUCGUCAAAACAGGAAAUGAGGUUAGCAUGGAAUGACUUUCUCUCAGAGAACUUAUGCUGCCUCCCAGAGACCACCACGUUCUUCCCAAAAGCUCGUGGUCCGGUUUUAUACCUUGCCAAGUUUUUCCUUGACACGAGCAAGCAUCUGGUUUUCUGCAGGCUUUCGGAACUGGUUGCUUCGGGAAACGUUUGUUCCCAGCCUGUGGACCCCUUUCCCUCACUCUCAUAUCAGCAUCUCUGAAGUGUUUGCAGGUUGGCGUGAAGCUAGAUCUGCAUACAUGCCAACCACAGCAAGACUGUGGUUAAGCCAAGGACUCUGCACACUUCUGAGGUGGGAGGCUUCACAGGUGCCAUGGGCUGUAGGCAGCUCCUUCCAAAGCAGAGCUCUUUGAUCCCAUGUCACAAAGAUGCCAGGAAGAGAAAGCAACCCAGGGACAUGGAGCCCUCCAUGGGAAGAAUAUCUUUUCCUCAGUCAGAGGGGCAUUUAAAGGCAGAUGGAACUAGGCUGGUCCCUUUCAAGUGAAGCACACUGAGUUCUUUGAUGAAGUUGUCAAGAGUGAUGAAGGUCUCACAGACUUUGCAGGAUCUUUUUGGUUAUCUUUGCUGAGGCCUUCUGGCAAAGGGCUCUAGUUGAACUCUCUAGACACACGUAUCUUUUUCCUAAUACUAAAGUACUUUUGAGGUCAAUUUGCCUUUAUGUAGUUGAGGGAAAGUGUGCUCUUGACUCACAAUGACUAAGUUAGACUGUAGUCUCCAAAUACUAGACUUGGUGUCCACCCACCCACUCUCUGGGGUUCUCCCUUCUGUAAACAUGGGCAUAUUUUGUUGCAUGUUCACACACACACACACACACACACACACACACACACACACACACACACUCUUGACUUAACAGGAUCUCAAAAGACAGCCUGAAUUCAAGGCUGGAACACCAUUUUUCUUCCGGCCAAGUCAAGCUCAGAGGCCCUAUGCGUAUGUUUCAGUGUGAGUGUCUGAGCAAGGUUUAUAAACAGUCUCUUCUCUAAUAAUCAACCUGACUAUCCAGACUCCAGUUAGUUCUUUUCUGGUGGCUUCCGGCACUAUUUCAGAGUCUCUGGAGGCAGCAUAAUUACUUUUGUUUAAGUUAAGGAAACUGUGUUUUAGCAAGAAUCAGUUUACCUCCUAUAACAAGAUGACUUAUCUGGGCUCACUUUAGCUGUCACCAUGCAUUCAACCUUUCAAAAGGCCUGUGCAUGGUCAAUGACAUCAAGGCAUAACUGAAGGGUCAAUGACAUGUGCAGUCCUAGGGUCAGCUUGAUGCAACCUUCUGUCUGAGUCAAAUGGUAAAGACGCCAGCAUUGACCACUGGCACCAGAAUCAACCACUUCCACAGGAUCCCAGGGGACUUGGAGAGUGAAGGCCAGACUGUCAGCACUGAGUCAGUUCAUGGAGAGCGUCUUAGCCUGGUUCUGCCGUGUUCCAGGCUGAGCAGUGGAGCAGGCUGUCAGACAGAGGCUUCUGGGCCCCAGGCAGGCCUCUUCCCUCUCAGCUAGGGUGGGGGAAAACUUUGAGAUUCAGUGAUAACACAGAGAUGGGAUGGUCUGGUAAACUACAAAAAGUCUUCCACACAAGUCAUUGCUGGUGUUUGAGGAGGGAAAGAGAAAGAAAAGCAAAUUAUCAAAAAUAGUCAUUGAUCUGCAACAUUCCUCCACACCGAUCACUAACCUACCACUUUGGUCUUCUGGGCCUUUAUAGAUGUCCACGGUUCCCACGCUGAAGGCUGCCUAUUCCUGCUGACUAGAAACCAGCAUUCCCCAGCUGGUCACUGCACAGUCGCACGUGCUCGGUCAUGCACUCACAGUUACACAUGGGCAGAGAUGUCCUGGUCUGAGUAGGGCUGUCCUAGGCUGGCUCAUGGUUCCUUAAAUCUUGUUUCUUAUUUUAUCUACAGGUUACUUUACAAACAGUAGCCCCCUCACAUCCCUUUGUCCCUUUAAGAAAGAAGUAGGUCACCUGGCACCUUUAACUGCCUCCUGCAGGGUUGCCUCAGCAGAAGCAAAGCCAACUUUGAGUCAUGACAAUGAGUGUGCACACCUAAGUAUGUGUCUGUGUUGGUGGGGAGAUAUGGUCAUAUGAGUAUCGUGCAUAUAUAUAUAUAUAUAUGAGAAAUAAGUUGUGGUACAUAUGACAAUGUGAACUGUGUGUCUGGUCCUUGAGUGUCUGUGGAAUGGAAGUCUAUGGUGCGAGUGUGAGUAUGUUCUACAUGUCUGGGGACAUGUGUAUACCUGGGUAUAUUUGUACACCCAUGCCUGUGUGUGGGGGUAGGGGGGUCCAUGGGUGGAUGUGAAUGUAGAAUCUGUGGUACAUGUAUAUAGGUGAAUGUGUGCCUACAUGUGUGACACGUGUAUAAUGUGGGUGUAGGUAUGUGAAGUUCAUAUGUGUGGUAUCUGUGCAAGGUAUCUAAGUGGGCAUGGAUUCUGUGGUACAUGGUGUCUAUAGUAGAAAUGUAAGUGUCUGGUGGAUGUGUGUAUUAGUUGUGUGUAUGUGGCAAGAGCUGUGAGCAUGUGUGAUGUAUGUAUGUAUGUGUGAUGGGUGUGUGCAGUAGCUGUGUGCAUGUGUGACAGGUACAUGCAUGUGUGAUGGAUGUGUGCAGUAGUGGUGCAGGAUCCUUGCUUUGCAAAUCCACAAACUAGAGAAGACACUGCCUACCAACCACAUUAGCUCCAUUAGAGGAGCUCUGUGUCUAUGUAUUAAAGUUCUGAACAAAAUGCUUGGCAUCAAGGCUCCCCAUGCUGACCACCAUUUACUUUAACUCACCAAAUUGUUUAUGUUGAAAACAAUAAGUACAAGUGGUAGGCACAUGUCACCAGUAAGAUAUCCUCUCUGAAUCCUAAGGACCUUAACUAUGAUCUAUGAACAUCACAAGAAGGAAGGAAGAAAAGGGGACCACAUCUCAGGAAAAAAAGAAAAAUGGUGUCCUGGGGUGAGGCCUGGCCAAGGCAGGGAUGAGGACGGCUCCUGCUCUGCAGAGCCAUUUACUUUAAUGUAAAUAUUUUGAAGUCUUUCUUUUCCUGAACCUUCAACCUUGCUGGUAAAUAGGGCACAUACAGUAAAUGGAUUGUUUUCUGAGAAAUAACUCUUGAGGAAAUAGAAAGGGAAAAAAGAUUUUUUUAAAAAUGAGCUACUUGUCAGUCUCCUCAUGUUUGGACCCCUUAGUAUUCUUUACAACUCUGCUUUCAGAGGGGUCACCAAAACCAAAAAGGCUAAUUUUAGUUAAUGGAAAUCAAAAUGAUUAAAAUGUGUACGUGUACCCAUUCAAAGAUAGCAAAAAUUACAGCAAAGUGUGUGGAGCUCUUAUCUGGAGAAGGUCUCUGAGACAAUAAAAACAUAACAAUACACAGACAAAAAUUUUUAAAAAAUAUCCAAGUUUCAGUUGUGUCCCUUUGCACAAAAAGAGUAGGAAGAAAUGAGUUGUGUUGGGCUGUAGGAGCAGUGUUGGGCUGUAGGAGCAGUGUUGGGCUGCAGGAGCAGUGUUAGGCUGUAGGAGCAGUGUUGGGCUGUGGGAGCAGUGUUGGGCUGUAGGAGCAGUGUUGGGGCUGUAGGAGCAGUGUGGGGCUGUAGGAGCAGUGUGGGGCUGUAGGAGCAGUGUUAGGCUGUAGGAGCAGUGUUGGGGCUGUAGGAGCAGUGUUGGGCUGUAGGAGCAGUGUUGGGCUGUGGGAGCAGUGUUGGGGUAUAGGAGCAGUGUUGGGCUGUAGGAGCAGUGUUAGGCUGUAGUAGCAGUGUUGGGGCUGUAGGAGAAGUGUUGGGGUGUAGGAGCAGUGUUGGGCUGUAGGAGCAGUGUUGGUUCUGCUCAGAUCCUUGGUGUGGGGCUUUAAUCCUACUGUAAAUUCUGAGGUUAUGACAGAGGAGGAGCAGAUGGUAAGGCCCAUGUUUAGUGUCAAAGGCAUGAUCCUCCUCUGUAGGCAGAGGCUGGAGGUGACUCUGCUGUGCUGAGCUGCAGUGUUAGACUGAUUUGUGUGAACAGCUUGAUUAGUCCUCAAACUCGAUUCUCCUGACAGCUUCUCCUGAGCAGGCCUUUUUCACCUUUCCCCGACAGUUUCACUGUUUCCUGAAUAUCCAGUUGUUGAUUUUCCAGAUUCAUGGAGGUGCUGUCAAAAUUCAAGAUCCCUAAUGUGCUUUGCAGUGGUUGAUGAGGGAAAGGGUUGCUUCAUAAGCCAAGUCAUGGUGAAGCUCUUCUCCUCACUGUAGCAGUCAGCAAGAGCAAUAGGAGCCUCUGGGCCCCACUCUCUCCUCGCCAGGUCAGCUUUGCCACACCCCAUAAUACCUGUGCCCAUUCAGCUACUUCUGGCAGAGUUUGUUUUCAAGAAAUAUUCCUGUUGGAAGGUAAACUGAGGGUAGCGUGAAUACACCUUUCAAGUCUUUGAAGGAAGCAGAAGACGAGAUGAGUCACCCCACCUUGCUUAAAGAUGGAUUGAAUUAAACCACGGGUGUGUUCAAAUAGGCAGCUCGCCAGAAGUCUGCCGCUCAUCUUCAUCCUUUUCCCAUUUUCCCCCUUUCCGAAUAGAUGAAAGUUUCAGCUGGAUUCUAAGCAUGUGUGUGGCAUUUCUAUCUGAUUGACCUCCUCUAAAUCCCGUCUUAUCUCUGCUUGUAAAUUACUAGCAUCCCUGUUCCUGUUUUCCAGGCCCUGGAGCACACAAGCACGAGUCUGCCCUGCAGGGAAACACAGCCACUGUGAGGGCUCUGGUCCUCUGCGCCUCACUCAGAGAUAAUGUUUUGAGAACUCGGCUUUGCUAGAAAGUAGUUCUGCACUGGAAUACAACCAGGUGACUGGCUCCUCACGCAGAGGGGGUGAGGACAGGUAUAAACAACAGAAUGUUCAUUCACAGUCCUUCCUGUGUCCUCUCACGGUGACCUAGGAUAUCAGUGAGUGCAAAUGAUGUAUUUGGAAAUCUAUGGUCCAUAAAAUACUUUUGCAAUGGCUUGUAGGAAAUGAGUUUGCUUAACAAGAUGCCUCAGAAUGUUGUUUGUUUGAAGCAGAUGCAUGAGUAUGGGGUAUUAUCGCAAGUACCCCAGACCCAAGGAAACCAGAGGGCAAAGUAGCCAGCGGGAGAGCUCCCUCCUGCCUGGCUGUGGGGAUGUUCUGUACCAAGGGAGUUAGAGAUGAUGUAGAAGUACUAUGGGCUCCCACACUUCUUGGCUUUGCAUCUAAGAGGAGUAGCAGAAAAGCUCUUUGUGACAUGUCCUAAAGGAACCUCUUCCAGAAAGGACCUUAUUCUCUGAGAUUCAAGGGAGAUGUUUACCUGUACUGACAGACAGGCGAGGCUAUUGUGGGAAACUUUAAAAAAAAAAAAAAUGGGAUCCCUUGUUUUUCUGAACUCACCAGCAAUCGGUGCUCAGAACUUUAACCACAAGGGACCCAAAAGCAAAACAAGGGGAGUGGAGGUUUUUCUAGGAAUUCCCUGUGCUCCUUGUGGUGUGGCAAAGGUGACCAAGGUUCCUGGUUCACCAUUAGACAGCGUGUAGGUGGCACGGUAUAGAACCGCCUGGGCCAAGCGAGUGUUGCCCGCAGUCAGCUGACUCCGAUAAGGAAACCCCUCACAGGCAACUCCUAGUCGUGCGUGCCUUCCCCCCACUCCUACCCCCCUUCCACUGGGUGCAGAACAAGGAAGAUCAAAUGCAGUGCGCGCUCUGCACACUGGAAAUCGGGAACUUGAUCACUGUGGGCUGAUGAUGUGUUUUGAAAAAAGAGUGGAGGAGAGGUGUUCUUUCCCUGAACGUUCCCAUCCACUGUUGAGUAAACACCAUAAAUCUAUGGUGGGAGACAGGCUGCCUGCACUCUGAUUACCUCCUGCUACAAUUUUAGCUUCAAGUUUUAAUUCCCUGAACAUGAACAACAUUGUAUUCCAGCACAGGUCUGAUUAAUGAGGCAAGUUUGCCAACGUAGGGGUCAAAGGGCAGCUUCCCACCCUCUUCCCUUCUUUCCCUGCUGCGUCUCAGUAACCAUUUAGGCAAUCCCCACCCCCUAAAUAUACAAGGCAACUGACUGCAGUAAAAACUAUAGCUAAGGGAGAUAAACUCCUUUGUGUCUAGGCAGAGUUCACUGCUGACAGAGAGCAGGACUGCUCCGGUUUGCCCUGGGGAAUCUAAAAUGUCUCAUUGUUAGCUCCAGCAGGAGUCAUGCACACCUUGCCUGGGGGAGGGGGAGGUCAUCUCUGAAAGUCUGUGGGAUACAGACAGGGCCAUCUGCUUCCCAGGUUACCGUUAUCGGUUUAUGCACAGAGCACCAGUGUCCUGUUUGCAGGCCAAGUGACUAUUGCUGCGUAUUGGAAACUAUGACAGAAGGUCACAUUCUCAAGAUGACCCAAAUUUGCACCCAGGGAAAAAGGAGAUCAUCUUAUUAAAAUAUCUAUACCCCAAAUAUGGCACGUGGGCGAGCCGGUUGAGCAUUUAAUGCAUGCUAGGCACCCUCCCAAGAAGUGCCAUGGUGUUCCUGGGAAUAGUUUUGGGGGCCCUGGAAAGGCCCCACAUGAUGAGUUCUGCACAUCUGACAUCAUUUGCUGGCAACAGCAGCCCUGGGUGGUGAGUGCCUUCUCCUGAGAGUGAGCUGAGGGUUAUAGGAUGACAUAGUGUGCUACAUGGCUAGUCUGUUGUCAACUUGACCGCAUCUAGAAUCAGCUCAAAACCAAGCCUUGGGUAACUCUUGUGAGGGAUUUUUCUUACCAGAUUUUCUGAAGCAGGAAUACUCACCUCAGAGCUGGGCCUCUAGUGGUAGGUCACACAAAAGGAUGUGGAGGAGGAAACUUCGCUUUUGCCUGUUUCACCUCACUCCCUCUGGCAAUGCCAUCUACCCUGCUGCUGUGACACUUCACCAGUUUUAGAACUGGCUUCUUUGGGAUUCCAAUAUUGACUGAAGCCAGGGUCUUUCCAGGACUCUACCUUGGGACUGUUAAACAUUUAGCCUUGUAGUGUGAAAAGGCUAUUGCUGGAUUACCUGGACCACAUCCUGUUAGCAGUCUAAUACGUCCUACAUAUAUUCUUUAUUUUGAAGAACCCUGAUUAAUACAAUUGCUCAUGGAUCCAGUUUGAUACUGAGCUCCACUCUGGCUUCAACUUCAUUCUCAGUAAUCAAUAGACUCAGACUGGUAAUCACCUCCACUGCCCACCACCAAUUCUCACACACGUCUACACACCCGCACCCUGAUCCACACUCGCGUCCACACUCGCUCCAGCAUUAGAUUCACCCUCGGUUAGAAGCUGGACUGCUCCAAACUGUAGAGAUUUAGAAUAUAAGCUCCAGGGGUUGGGGAUUUGGCUCAGUGGUAGAGCGCUUGCCUAGGAAGCACAAGGUCCUGGGUUCGGUCCCCAGCCCCGGGGAAAAAAAAACACACACACACAAAACAAAAAAACAAACAAACAAAAAAACAAUAGAAUAUAAGCUCCCCAAUGCUGCUUACAGAAUCAAACUUCUGUGUUACAACUUCUCUGAUGCCCCAGGGUAGCAUUGCAACAGCCCGAGGUGAGGCACAGAGGAGAGCCUUUGUGUUCUAAUAAAAUGUUAUUAGAAAAAAAAACAAAAACCCCGGGCAGCCUAGGAAUUUGGAGCAACGGGCAGUAGUUUGAGACCCCAUAAUUUUCAACUCAAGACUCCACUAAAAGGAAUAUCAGUGCCUGUCCAACCUACCAGAAGUGAAAUUGGGGGCAGGGUCCUUACAGUUUGGCAGUAGGAGGACAGGGACAGUGUUGCCGCUUCCAGCCGGGUAGCCCAGGCUUAACAGUCUCAGAGCAGGGAGAGCCCAAUCAACAUUUUCUAAAUAAAAGUUCCCUGGCCUAGCAAGCUUAAGAAACAGACAUCAGACAGCUAAGCUCAUCCCCUUUGCUGCUGCUGGUGUGUGUGUGUGUGUGUGUGUGUGUGUGUGUGUGUGUGUGUGUGUGUGUAGCUGGUAGCCAUCUACAUGAAUCUAGAGAAAGCCAUCUACAUCUCCCCAGAGUGACUGCCGUGGAAGGCCUAAACAUGUUGGCAAAAGGUUCUUUGGAAGCAUUGCUAUGAACCCCAGGCUCAUACUAUGCUACCUUCCUUGUCCUAGUUCUGGGAAGGGUACCCAUUUGAGUGGCCACACAGAAGCCUGCUCUUUCCUCAGUGUACAACUGUGGGCUCAUCUGGGAAUCUGGUGGCCCUGCCUCGGUGCACAGUAGGUCCCUGUGCUGUCUACCUACAGAUCACAGUGAUGUGAGAAUCUGGUUCCAGUGCUUAUGUCCCAGCCCUAUUUCUUGGUCCCGCCUCUACUUGGCCCAGGCAGCAAAGGCAUCCUCAGUGAGCAGACCCCAUAACAGGCAUGCACAGGACAGUUCACAGUGCAGCCCUGACUUGCUCUACCACCGAGACAAUUCAUGUAACCUCUCUGAGCCUGUUUCCCCUUUGGUAAAUGGAGGACAAGAUUAGGCCUUGGUCAGUGGAGAUGUGAGGAAGAAGAGAAGUAGAGGCUGGAGAAGGCUAGCCCCAGGGAAGAGGCCUCCAGGCUGAGUUGCCAGGAAAGGCUUCUGCCAUCUGUCCAUGCCCCAGAGCCAAUGCCAGCUCAGAGGGGAGCCUGGCCAGCUAUUUAAAAGGGACCUUGACUCACUUUGUGGUUAAGUGACCUGGCCUUUUGUUUCAGAUUCUGGUGCCUCCACUUCAUUCCUAUCCGGCCUGCCCUUCAUGCCAGGUGUGGCUCUUGGCUUUCCUGUGUCACAAGCAGCUUUAAAAAAAAGUUCUGAACUCCUCAUUACUUAGGGACGGGGAAACCGAGGUACUCGAUUUAAACAAUGCUGUAAUGCAUGAAGGAAAGUCCUGGGGCUGGGAUUAGAACCUGGCAGGUGGGCGCCUGAGUUGUCCCUCUUAACCACAAGUAUCUAGGACACAGCACAGGUUAGGCCUUGGCUGGUCAGGGAGGUGCUCUCAGUGUGGAGACAACUGAGGCAAGGUCCGGCUCUCUCUGGAACAUGCCUGUGCCUUCAAUGCCAGCUGCCCUGAGCAUGGCACAGUGAAGUCACCGGCUCCACUGAACCCUGAGCUUCCCAGAGCCUGGGGACAUUCAAAGACGGAGGCAGUGAGAACCUGGAGUUGUACUGUGCAGAGGGCUGCAAGGAGGAGGGUGUCACCAACAGUGACUAGAGAUGAACGUGACCCGUGUUGUCAUCUCUGUGUCCUUGGAGCAGGAAGGAUGAGUCAGGUAGAAAGGCAAGUGGUCGUCCAAUCUCUGAAAUGGGGCUCCUGGCUCCUGGCUCCUGGCUCCUGGCUCCUGGCUCCUGGCUCCUGGCUCCUGGCUCCUGGCUCCUGGCUCCUGGCUCCUGGCUCCUGGCUCCUGGUUGGAGCUCCAUUUGCCUUUAUUCCAGGCCUGGGAGCAAGGACUCUGGGAGCAGAGCUGAGCCCCACUGGGAAGUGAAGCCUGGCUCAGUUCCUCAUCUGAGGCACACCCAAAUUCCCAAGGCAGUUAAAAGCCUCAAGUUGCUCAACUGUGUCAGGGAAAGCCUGGGCCACCGCUUUCCAAAUAGUGGCUGAGUCUAAACUUUGGUGACCAGAGUCUGGCCUGUCUGGCCUUGGAGGCGGUGAGAAACACACUCUCCGUGUCCCAUAGUCCACACAGGGAUGAAAGAGCUGUGAUUCUGAUGGCUAAGGGACAGCUGUUACCCAUUUGUCAUUGUCAAGCUCUGAUGCCUUUGGGGGACUAAACUCGAAGGACAAUUUUGACUGUUGUAACCAAGUGAGCUCAAGGAAGUUGAGGACACCCUCCCCCUCCCCCCUUCCCCCCACCCCUGCUUUAUUCUGGGGCUUUUUUCUUGCUCAGAAGACAUUUUGGUAAACAAGAGCUGAGCUGUGACCAAAUGUACCUUCCCUCCCCCUCUCCCACAUCACACUCUGUCACCAAGGCUGGAAAGAAAUGAACAGCAAGAAAUACUUCGUGUCUGUCUGGUGUCUUUUGAGACACAUCUGCUUGGGACACCUAUGAUCCAAGGCCCAGGGGCCAGUUCUACUUCUACCACCACCCAUCUCUCAUGUGUGCGUGCACACACACACACACACACCACACAUAUACACCACACACACACACACACACACCACACACACACCACACAUAUACACCACACACACACACCACACACACACACACCACACACACACAAACCACACACACACCACAGAUAUACACCCACACACACACACCACACACACACCACACAUAUACACCACACACACACACACACACAUACCACAUGCACACACACACACCACAUACACAUAUACACCACACACACACACCACACACACACCACACACACACAAACCACACACACACCACACAUAUACACCACACACACACACACCACAUACACACACACACCACACACACCACACACACAUAUACACCACACACACACACACCACACAUAUACACCCACACACACACACCACACAUAUACACCACACACACACACACCACAUACACACACACACCACACACACCACACACACAUAUACACCACACACACACACACCACACAUAUACACCCACACACACACACCACACAUAUACACCACAUACACACACCACAUACACACACACACACCACACACACCACACACACAUAUACACCACACACACACACCACACACACACCACACAUAUAGACCACACACACACACACACCACACACACCACACAUAUACACCACACACACAUACCACAACACACCACACAUAUACACCACACACACACACACCACACACACACCACACAUAUACACCACACACACACCACAACACACCACACAUAUACACCACACACACACACACCACACACAUACACCACAUCACACACACCACACACCACACACCACACACCACACACACAAACACACACCACACAUAUACACCACACACACACACACCACACGCCACACACCACACACACACACACCACACCACACAGACACACACCACACACCACACACCACACACCACACACCACACACACACACACCACACACCACACACCACACACACACACCACACACCACACACACACACACCACACCACACAGACACACACCACACACCACACACCACACACCACACACACACACCACACACCACACACACACACACACACCACACACCACACACCACACACACACACCACACCACACAGACACACACCACACACACACCACACACCACACACACACACACACCACACACCACACACCACACACACACCACACCACACAGACACACACCACACACCACACACCACACACCACACACACACACCACACACCACACACACACACCACACCACACAGACACACACCACACACCACACACCACACACCACACACACACACCACACACCACACACACACACACACCACACACCACACACCACACACACACACCACACCACACAGACACACACCACACACCACACACACACACACACACCACACACCACACACCACACAUAAACACCACACACACACACACACACACCACACAUAUACACCACAUCACACACACACACA